GCGCACAAAGAGAGAAGGGAAGAGAAAGGACAGGGAAGGAGGAGAUCUGCCUAAACCCCGCCUCCGGUCUCGGAUCCUCUCGCAUUCCUUCUUCACAGCCCCUCACGCUGAAGAUAGAGAAAGAAAGGGAAGGAGAAACAAGAAGGCCACGAAGAAAAAGAGGGGGAGCAGCGAAACGACCAUGGCAAUAUCCAAAACGUCUCAGCUUGAGAUAGAGUCCGAUCCCAGCGCGCUUCCACCACCGUCGACCCCGGCUCGGAGCAUGCAGUCGCACAAUAGACAGAGUCCUGAUGAAUGAGGAGCUUUACCUGGGCCGUGGACAAAAUGAGGGUCAUCUUCAUCCAAAACGCCGGUUUCGUCGCAGCUUUCUCGCCUUUCUCGUGAUGUUGGCAGCGUUUAGGACGACAGAUGAUGUGAACGAGCCAGAGAUAACCACAGCUAGAUCAUGCAAGUAAAUUGAGGAGUAAGGGGAUCAUAACAAUUUAUUUAGGCUGCUUUUUUUUUUUUUCUUUCUUUUUUAAUGGGAUAGAGAGCUUGCACAUAUUUAUAGCCAGUAUAGCAUCUCUGAAUCGAAAGUGUGUUCAGCUUCUGGCACGCAGCCUGAAAUCUGAAUAAUAUAGACAAUAUUUUAUUACAAUAUUGGCACUAGAAUGAAUUUUUACCCAGUGAUAGAGUAUGUACCAGGUUCUUAAGGACCGAUUCUUUUAGACUUCUGCGCUCCUUUAGUAACCCCUUAGUAGACCGAUUACAUAGCGAUUAUAAUAUGAAUAGGUAGAAGGAGAAAUAUGUGGUCAAAGCCUAUUGAUCAGCUGAGACAAUCUGGAAAUGUUCGUUUCCACGUGUGAUAACAUGACUGGCGUCAUUCCUUGUAAUUUAUUUAUUUAUUAUUACUAUUAUUAGGCCUAUAAGUAUUAUAUUAUCAAUUUAUUUUUAAGUAGGUAGUUUGAAAUAUUUAACAGUGGGAAGGCUGUUUAAACACUUCCCUAUAGUGAGAUGGAAACCGCUUAUUUAUCGUCGUACCGGGGGGCCACUCGUCCCGAGGCUCAGAAAGGCCAAAGCUCAGCGGGCAAACAGGCGGGGGGUGAGCCCUCCGCUGCACCUCCAGCUUCAACUCCACCUGCCGGCAGCUCACCUGAAGAGACCCCGGCAAGUGGUGAUGGACGGAGAAACUCGGGCGUGAAGAAACACCAUCACAAGCAUAACCUGAAGCAUCGCUACGAGCUGCUAGAGACGCUGGGAAGAGGCACCUAUGGCAAAGUCAAGAAGGCCAUUGAGCGGCACUCCGGCAGAGAGGUGGCUAUCAAGUCCAUUCGGAAGGAGAAGAUUAAGGAUGAGCAGGACAUGGUACACAUUCGCCGAGAGAUUGAGAUCAUGUCAUCCCUCCGCCACCCCCACAUCAUCUCUAUAUAUGAAGUGUUUGAGAACAAGGACAAGAUUGUGAUUGUGAUGGAGUACGCCAGCAAGGGCGAGCUGUAUGACUACAUUAGUGAGCGUCGGCGCCUCAGCGAGCGAGAGACGCGACGCUUCUUCAGACAGAUAGUCUCCGCCGUGCACCACUGUCACAAGAAUGGAGUAGUGCACAGGGAUCUGAAACUGGAAAAUGUGCUACUGGAUGAAAACUGUAAUAUUAAGAUUGCUGACUUUGGGCUGUCCAACCUCUACCAUAAAGACAAGCUGCUGCAAACCUUCUGUGGCAGCCCACUCUAUGCUUCACCAGAGAUCGUCAAUGGGAGACCAUAUCGUGGCCCAGAGGUGGACAGCUGGGCCCUUGGGGUGCUGCUGUAUACCCUGGUCUAUGGAACCAUGCCGUUUGAUGGGGGAGACCACAAGAACCUCAUUCGCCAGAUUAGCAAUGGCGAGUACAAAGAGCCCACUCAGUCCUCAGAUGCCCGUGGACUGAUCCGCUGGAUGCUGAUGGUGAAUCCUGAGCGCCGAGCUACAGUGGAGGACAUUGCCAAUCAUUGGUGGGUAAACUGGGGCUGGAAGAACAGCGUGUGUGACUGCGAGACCCAGCGUGACCAUGGCGGCUCACCCAUGCUGGCCCGUUUCAUCGACUGGCAGAACCGCACUGAGCCACGUGGUUCUGGAGCCAAAGCUGCGGCCAUGCCCCAGCUGCUGCGCCAGAGGCCCAAGAAGUCCAAGAAGGAGAAUGUUGAGGCAGGACAGACCCAUGGUGGAGGGGAGGACAAGCCAGGUCUAAAGAGACCCAAGGGUAUCCUGAAGACCAGGGUUACUGAAGAGCAGCAAUCUGCAAGUCUUGAAGAGGUGGAGCUGGGUCAGGCAGUGCUGCCUCAACAAACUGAAGGUGGAGAGGAGGCGUCCAGCCCAGACCGAGAGGAAGAGGAGCCGACCAUGGGAGGAGUCUCACCAGCUAAAAUGGUGCCAUCUCUGCCCAAAAAAGGCAUCUUGAAGAACAACCAACAACGGGAAUCAGGGUACUACUCUUCCCCAGAGCGCAGUGAGUCCUCUGAGCUUUUAGGGGGUGCCAGUAUGUCUCUGGUAGCCACCUCCCCUCCUAAGAGAGCGAUGGGGAGAAAGGGUAUUUUGAAGCGAAAUGGCAAGUACUCCACCUACAGCGGACCUCCCUCAUCAGCAACGGUGGCCGGAGUUCUUGGUGAGCCUUCUCCAUCAACCGACUCUGGUUUGUCCCGCAGUCAGAGUCGUCCCUCCAGUAUAGUGGGGGAGGACAGCUCCGUCCUGUCCCUGUCACCCAAUUCCCUCAGUGGGGCUGAGUGGCAUCCUUCCACUCCCCACCUCUGCCCAAACAUCAGGGCUUGUGUCUCAGCUGAAAACCUGUUGCAGCUUGCCAACUUUAAAGGCUUCCAGGCAGCCCCACCACUCCAGGGACACAAAUUCAGCCGUGGCCCCAAAACAAAAGGCUCCCCAGGGGACAAUGGCAGCUUCUCCUUGUUGGGGGACCUGGAGGACAUGACUCAGGUGUACCAGCAAGCCCUGGACAUCAGCAGCAACCUCAACUAAUAGAUAGGUGGAAGACAGAGAAGAAGAGGGAUUUUAACAUGACUGUGUGUGUUCGUGUGUGUGUUCGUGUGUGUGCGCGUGCAUGUGUGUAGAUGUGUAUGCGUGACAUUAACGACCAGUGCGUUACUGGGAUACACCUUUUAGAGGUUGUGGCUUUACAAAUGGAGUUGAAAUCUUGAUGGAAAAGAAAUGUCACUACACUCACGCACAUGCACACACAUGUAGGUGCACUUCUCUGGCUAGAGAAAAUGUAGUUAAGGUUUUCUGCACAGGAGAGAGAUGGAGCUGGCAUAAGAGAAUGCCACCCAGUCUGCUCUCUUGGCCCGCCCAUAGACUUUGCUGUGUUCAACAUGUUUACAUAUUCAGCAAGAAGGCAAGUUAGAAUCACAAAUGCAGCAAUCAGAAACUGUUUGGCUCUGCUUAGACAUCACCCAUUUCAUAUAUGAGUUUACAGCGGCACCUUAAAACUCAAAUGGAGCACAUGCUUUUGUGAUCUUUACUUCCUUUAAAAAAGAAAUAAACCAGGGUCUUGUUCCAAAAAAAAAAAAAAAGUUAGCAUUGCUGAUUAUUUAUUAAUAUUUUGUAGCUUUAGUUUUAAGUGCAAAACUGGUGGGCGCUGGCUAUUACUGGAAGAGCCCGAAGCUUCUUGUCUCCAACUGUUUUUGUGGAACUGACAUAUAUAAUUAUGUUACUCAGUGAUGAGAAACAUCUAUAUACCCCAAUAUAUAACUAUGUCUGUGUAUGUAAAACAUGCAGGCAAAUAUACCUUCAUAUGUCCUAUAUAUAUUUAUGAUACUAGGGAAUAUGUAGGAAGUGCCUUUUUGAUUCAUAAUACAAAUUAUGUAUGUCAUUUCCUUAAAGUUGAGGGAAAAGCCAGGCCAACCUGUCACCAGUUGUGCUUUUUAUUGUGUUUGUGAAUGUGGAGUGACCCAGGGCCUUCAGAGCGCAGCUGACUAACUACUUAUUAUGGGGUUCAAAGGUCAGUCCUCCCCCCAUUCCUUCCACACAUAAGUGAAAUUACACACAGAUAUACCAGCAAAUACAGGCCAAAAAAAAAAAAAAAUCCUCCUCUUUGUUCUUUAUCAGUGUCCACAGUUUGGUUUGUUAGCAGCUUAGGCUUGGUUGAACACACGCUUGCACAAGAGGUCUGGAGGGGCUCACCUAGUGGGACAUCUAGUGAAGGGAGAUAGCGCAGACACCAUCUCACAGUCCUGGAAUGUGCCUGGCUUAGCCCUGGUUGUUUCACAUUUUUGGGCCUACCUGACAAACGUGAGAGAUGCUUUUCUUUCUUUCUUUUCUUUUUUUCUACUAAAGAAAUGUUAGGUGUUUUCCAUUACUGGGCUAGUUAAUAUUUUACCCCAAGCUCUUCAAAAGAGCUGAGUAAAGUGGUUUGUUUUAGCUUGCUGAUGACACAGCAAAUUCUUCAGAUGAAGCCUAGAGACGUGCUGGUGCUAGAGAUCUGUAUCAGCCCCAGCCCAAGUCAGCACAGGUGGGAUCUGCGGUCAGUGCUCAGCCUUCCAGCUGUGUAUACUAGUUCAUUAUGUCAACCAAGCACAAUUAGCCAGCUAUUGUUUUCAUUUGAGCGUGAGAGGGAGGCAGUGCGUAGAGAUUUAUAGCUAGAGGGAGAAGAAAGGUGUGUGAAAGAGUGAUGCAUAGAGCAGCGGUGAGAUUAGAGCAGACUUUCCUGUAAAACACAGAGAAGGUUAAGGUGGUAGAAUUAUUUUUUUGAAGGGUUCGUAAUGUAGACUAGUGAAAGUAAAGAAAGUGAGUAGAAAGAGCAGAGGGAAAGUUUUUGUUUCAUACCAAAGAUGUAAUGAAACCGAGAUGAUUCGGGGAAGUGGGUGAGUCAGGGACUUCUGAGUGCCCUUGUGUUUUUCUUAGGAAUCUCCCCCUGGUGUAUGAAAUCAUCCUCACAUUGGCUUUACCUUACAUUUGUUUUAUUUUUCUUCUUUUAUUUUCUAACCGAGAUGCUGGAGGCUGUUGAUAUAGCUUGUCUUGAGGGUCAGUGUGUGAUCCCAGUCCUCUGUAUGGCCUUAGAAAUGUGUUACACUUUUCAACAGCAGCAAAAGAAAUCGGAGAACAGUGACUGACAUCAUCCAAUAUGUUAAAUGAUGUGAGUGGAAAAGCAUGCCGUAGAGGACCCCAAGGAAAAAGAUCAACUAUUGAAUGUUUUCAGUGGUCUGCUUGUGUGAAGAAAAGGUCCUGGGUACUGAUUCAUAUGAAAGACCCACUGCGUAUUAUAUUGCAUUUUAUUGCCUUUUGUAUUGCAUUAUAUUGUCAACUGGAUUUACAGUGAGAAAAUUAUACUAUGUUAGUAUUUUUUUUUAUUAUGCUUCUGUUUUUGAUUUUCCAAAAUAUAAGAAACGUUUUAUUGCUUUAUGUUAUGGCAGAAAAAAAAAAAGUACUUCCUUCCUUGAAGUGUCAGAAUUUCUCUCCCAGAAACAGUCGAAUCUGGUGUGAAAUUGGUGUAAUCACAUUUCCCCCUGUUCUGGUAUGCCUGCAGGUCAGACGGUCCGAAAUCAAAAGGAAAGCAAAGGUUGAAAAUGAAAGUGUUCGCUGGACAAGAGCAAAAGACCGGCAUUUGUACUAAUAGCUGACUGCAAGAAAUUUUUAGUGUCACAUCUACUAGAGCGGGGGAGGCCAAAUAUGCUGGAACAACUCCAAGAGAAAAAGGAAAUAAAGCAGUGGAAAGAAUCUGGUGAUAAAACUUUAACUCUGCCAAACUGGAAAUAACUGGUGCAUAUCUGUUAGUUAGCAGAAAGUCUAAUCAUAGGAAAACUUGACUGGAUAUUGUUAUGACAGUAAUAAUAAAUUAGUAUUUUUUAUGUUAUUUAAGCAUUAUUUUGGUUACAGCUUUUUACUAUUGCGGGAUAUUGCCAAAAAUAUUUUUUGUUUUAUUUGUUUUUAUCUGUGGGUGAUCCUGGACUGCCAAGGUAUAUUAAGUUGCGUGCCUUUGGUAUCUUUAAUGAACUUUUUUUUUUUUUUUAUAAUAAAAAUGAUUAUCAAUGUGGUUGUUUUUUUUUUUUUUUAUACUUGUAUUUAUUGAUCAAGCCAUUCAAAAUUAUUGUCAAAGUACCCCAUGUUCACGCUUUGGCCUGCUUAGGACUUUGGUGUUUUGUGUUCAGGAUGUACUGCGCACAACUAUGUUGUUGCUUCUUUAAAAUAGAGCGGUAUCAUCUCAUUGUGAAGGAAGGUGAUGAGUGACAAAUCGAUUAAAGUUCCUGAAAUUCUGUAAAAUGUCUUAAUUUGUCAACUUGGGUCAACACGAUGCCCCUGUAGUACUGUAUCAACUCAAAU